UAUCUCGGUAGGAACAAAACAGAUUCAUGUACUUUUUUCCUACUGAAGUUCUAAGGAAGACAGCUACCAAAGUCAAAGAUCAACAUGGAUGAAGAGUGGCCGCAUUACAACAAUAUUGUGCACAAUGAGUUUGACCUCUUCAAUACAAGCACACACAACCACAUAUUCCAGCACGACCAUGGUGAUGAUAUGGAUGGCCACCAUGGAGCCACUACCAUCAUGAGAAACACUGAUGAUGCCAACAAUGUUGCUGCAGACCAAGGCAACAACGAUGGACAGGACCAUAGUGUGCAGAGAAUGGACAAAAGGCGUGCCAAUUAUCACCGUCUGCGUGGUGAACAAAUCCAACAACUUGAAGCUGUGUUCCAAGACUGCCCUUGUCCAGAUGAGAAACUCCGGAAGAACCUUAGUGAGAGGCUUGGCAUGAGCACCAAGCAAGUCAAGUUCUGGUUCCAAAACAAAUGCACAUUUACCAAGGUCAAGAUGCAGCAGCGGGAGACACAAAAUCGUUUGGCAGAAAAUAAGAGGCUAAAAUCUGAACAUCAAGCCAUCAAAUUGGCUUUUCAAAACAAGACCUGCCUCAAAUGUAGUGGGGUGAUGGUACAAACUCAGGGUACCUCCGAGCGCCAUCUCCUAUACACCGAGAAUAUGAGGCUCAAGGAAGAACUCUUACAUGCCACUACAUAUCUUACAGAGGGUCUUCGCCGAAAUGGCAAGUGACUCCCAUGGGGCUGAACGUUAAGUCUGACGCAUGAACCCUAGUUUUACUUGGUUCCUCAUCUAGCAAAUAAUGCACCAUGUUGCGUGUGUAUGUACACAACUUGGCCGCUUGUUUAUCUAUUUUCGUAGGCUCUCAUGGUUGAUACAUGGGAUGGAACGAGAUAUGGCAGUCAUGGCAACAAUGUAGGGGUUGUAGGACGAGCAGCUUUGGCAUGGCAUUGUUGUUAAGCUCGGUCCAUAACCCGUCUUUAGGUCUUUGAGUUUGUAACAAAAGAGUUUAAGUAGAUGCCAAUAAAUGGUGAAAAACAUACAUAAAAGUUGAAGUUGAAUGUCAAACCAUAAAUUUUUGUGCAUGUGUGUGUUCUAACAUUGCGUUGUGUCAGUAUGUCAUUGAUGAGAUACCUUUGCCAUUGAUGUUCUUUGGCAACAUAAAGUGGUAUGCGAGCAUUGAUGAAAUUCAGGAGGCAUGGCUAGAACUGAACCACAAUCGCCGUCCACCUCGCACACUCCCCAUUGUGCAUACACCUGCAGAGUCAUACACGAAACAUGGUGAGGAGGAUCCGGAGCUACAAGUAGUGCAAUACUUGGUGAAGGAGUCCUUAGGCUCCUCUUGUGCUUGAUGCUCUCUCACACAAAUUAUGCCAAGUAGA